GAAGUGAUGUUUGUUCUUACUUCCUCCCAAUGUGGAGGGGAUCGCAGUAAUGUAUAGUUCUUUCAUGUAUAUCUUUGUAAAUCUUAUUAUAUUUUUAUCAUUUUAAAGACUGCUGAAUCGUUGCGCUUAUGCUGCCGUGAACAACAAUGAACAACUCCGGCCUGAACGAAUCAGUCGACUGCCACCCUGUACAUCCUGAGAAGACGGUAUUCAUAGCCCUGCAUCUGACUGUAAUCCUGAUCGGCAUCCCGUCCAACAUAUUCUUUCUGUUUGUGUCGUAUCGGCUCAUCCGUCAGAAGAACGAGCUGGGCGUCUAUCUGUUUAACCUGGCUCUCUCAGAUCUAUUGUUUAUCACAUGUUUACCAGUGUGGGUUCAGUACACUAUUAACGACAUGUGGCUUUAUGGCAAAACAAUGUGUGUUGUUUGUGUCUUCCUGCUCUUCACGAACUUCUACACCAGCGCUGUACUUCUGAGCUGCAUCGCAGUGGAUCGCUACAUAGCCAUCGUUCACCCGCUCAAAUUUUCCAGUUUUAGAAGAUGCAAGACUGCGGUCAGCGUGACCAUUGCUGCUUGGACUUCUACUGUCGUAUUCAAUGCAAUGACCGUGAAUUCAGACAGUGUCUACUAUGAGGUUGAGAAUUACACAAUCUGCUUGGAUUCGUUUCCUUUGCCCCCAACACAAAGACCGGUCUACGUGGCUCGUUUCGUAGUGGGCUUUCUCAUUCCCGCAUUGGUGGUGGGUUUCUGUUAUUGGCAGAUAUGUUCGGACGUGAAGAAAAACCAAACACUUGGGCCGAUGGAGCGCCGGCACGUCUUCAGGCUUCUUGGAAGCAUCUCGUUAACUCUUUAUUUGUGUUUCGGACCUGUGCACAUCAUGAUGGUUUUGAGGGUUUUGCUGGAGGAUUGUCCGUAUCCCAACUGGCUCUUUAUUGGAUAUAAGGUCAGCACCUUCCUCUCAAUGCUCAACUGCUUGGCCGAUCCACUCCUGUACGGCUUCACAAGCAAAACGGGUCAAGCCAGUGCUUCAAACAUGUUACUCAUCCUCAGAAGAACAUGGAAGAAAGAGCAUCAAACAGAGGUGGAACAACAAAACAGCCAAAUCCUCAAAAACAGUACCAUUCCGAUCACAGAGGAACCAUUCAUGUCCAAACUCAACACUGACUGCUAGUGAUUUGAUCGUGAUGAUGUUUAUAUGUGCUAUACUGUAUUACAAAAAGACUGGACUAAAAAGUAAGCAUACUUUACAAGCUGUAUGUUCAAAAACAAACUCAUUUAUCUAAAACAUCCAGGUUGUAAGCUCAUUUAUCUAAAACAUCCAGAUUGAACAACAAACUCUUCCUGUAUUAAAAGGAAGAAUAAAGGAAAAGGUGAUGUUUAAAGAAAAAGACUGAUCAAUGAACUGUCUGCCAGCAUCAAAACAACAUACACUUACGAAAAGCCUUGCUUUUUUGAGAAAUGAGAACAGCGUUUCAACAGCAUUUCCUGCUAAAUAGUCCAGUGCAGGCACCAGCUCGCAUUUCUCAGUUUCAUUUUCACACCCUCUUCUUCCCUAAUAUUUUGCACAAGGUGUUAUAAACAUUGUGACAUCCCUAGUACAUAUUAUGGAUGUCACAAAUACUCAAUAUAAUAUUGAACCGUUCGGUACGACCUCCACGGUUCAGUACGUGCUUGUGAAUUGUGGUUUUACGGUUUUGCAUUUAAAAAAUUUCCUUGUUUUAUUUCUCUCAAAAUUUGCUGUGUGAGCCAAGUACUGCUCACUGCAGAGCCAAAUGGCCUCCAGCUCCCCCUCUCUGGAGGUCCAGCUCCACCUCUGUGUGAACUAAUGGGUGGAGUUAGGGUUAGGAUAGGGUAAGGGGUAGGGUUAGGGUGUGGUUAGGUGUCUAUCUCCACCCAUUACCUCCAGCGAGGGGGAGAUGGAGCUCCAGCUCCUCCCAUCUGGCUCUGCGGCGAGCACCCUCUCGUGUGUGCCCGUAAUUUCACGUGCUGAAAUGAAGAAACGCUUCCCCAUUUAUAUUUGAAAGAGCAACACAAGCAGAGCAUCUUCCAUUCUAAUGAAAUGCAAUGACAAGCCUUUCUAAACCUGUUGUCCAACAAAAAAGAACAUUAUAACUUAUUUUUACUUCACAGCAUCAGUCGAGUGUUUGAAAUAACUUCCUUUUGUGAUCUGAUGUGGCUUUUUAUCAUAGAAUGAGGCAGACAAUAUAUUCUAUACUGUAUGUCGAUUAUGGCUUACAAAAUACAAACACAAGCGAGAUGGCUUGAAGAACACAAAUAAACCAUAUAUUACUGCAGACGAGUGUUUAUUGUCCUUACAUUUCAUCAUUCAAAACGUUUAACGUUAUAUCUUGUUUUUAUUCAGUUACAGCAAAAGCGAUGCAUUUAUCCAUAUCAGAGAAACUGGAACAGAACGUAAUCAGUGCUACUUCUUUGACGCAUGUCUAUUUUCUGCUCGAGGGUAUCCAGUAUGAAUGAAACCCAUCCUAUUUUGCGUAAAAAUCGGAAAAAUAAUACCUCUCUCAAAAGAAUAUUAAGCAGACAUAUAAUAAUCCAUGCUUUUUCCAGUGUACAGAGGUUUGCAGAAGUAUUUUGUUGUUAAUUAGAUGCAAAAAAACACUCUAAUGUGGUAAGCUAUCAGAACCGAACCGAACU